GAAAUCUGUCUCAUAACGGUUCACCAGAAUCGCUGCGAUCGUUUUCCAGUUUGCCGCGGCGAUGCGAUCGCAAAAUGCCCAACGGAAAAGCGUCGCUCGCACGCACUCGCGCGCGCGCAACCACCCCGUCGCUGGCAUCGCCCGGCACCACCAGCGUCGUCGUCGUCACCGUCCCCGCAUGUAUUGUCCUCCGCCGGGCGCGCGCACAUUGGCUGAUACGUUGGCUGAUAUACACGUCCUGUUCAGUGUUGUGUCGCGUGCGCUGCGUACAGACGUAAAGACAUCACUGUACGGUCGUCAACCGCCGCCGUGUAAUACGUAUACAAUACGCGACGCGAUCGCCGACGGUUUUUUGUUUUUUUUUUUUUUUCCGUUACACACAUUCGGUGAAAAAUAAAAAAUUAAAUUAAAAAACUACCACGUUUUUGUCGUCGUCGUCGUAGUCGUACCACCCCAUGACUUGUUGGGUCGCGGGUAAUACUAAAUCCGCGAACGCACUCCUCGGCGAGCACGUGUGUCCUUGUACCGUUCGGUUUUCCCAAGUUUCGCCAUCUCCGCAAACCGUCGCCGUACCGCGGUCGCGAUUUAUCUCUCGGGGCAUCGAUGACCUAACGCACGGAGCCGAGCACUGCACAUGCACAUGCACACAGACAAACUGUUCGGUUUUUUGUGAAAUGUCAAAACGCAUUCAAUAUCAAUGGUAUCAAUAAAUCAGCGUCGUUCAUUGAAUAAAAUGCAUUUAUCAACGCUCAUAGUGUCCACUUAUAACAGAACAUUGAUUUGAAAAACGGAAAAAUAAUACGUUGAUAAUGAAAAUUUACUCCAGUUUGUUCAGCGUACUAAGCUGUUGGUACAUAUUGACGUCUCGAAUAGUGCAAUCGGACUCAGGAACUUCUGCUAAAGGUAGAAUAGAUCAUUGCAACAAAACUGUUGAUAUUUAUGAAGAUAUCACUAACCCAGAAGUAACGCCAUUGAAUUUUGGUAAACCUCUCUACUGUUCAUACAGAUUUCGAUCUUUCAAAGGCACACCUAAAGAUUAUAUUCUUCGAAUUAGAUUUAAAAAAUUUAAAUUUGGAGUAUUAAUUAAUGGAACAUAUUGCCAAGGAGGAUACAUGCAGAUUCUUGAUCAUUCAGGAAAAGGUAAUGCAGCAACAAUUACAUCUAAAAAAGAAUUACCAGGAAUGUACUGUGGCGAAAUUGAACAACCUCAAACAUUUUUAUCAGAAACGAGUUCAGUUCGAGUUAUUUUUCAGACAAAUAACUUUACAGAUCAAACUUAUUAUAGUUUUGAUUCGAGAGCAGAACAAGAAACUCAAGUAUACUUACGAUAUGGACAGCAUCCGGAACUCUACCCUAAUAGAAGGGGCUUACUAAAUCCAGGGAGUUAUUGUGAUAGGACAUUUAAAGAAUGUCGACUACAAACAUGCUAUGUUCAAAGUCCGGCGUAUCCAGGGGUGUAUCCGAGAAAUCUGAAAUGCAAUUAUUGGCUAAAUACUAAAAAUCAGUUUAUUAAGCUCUAUAUACAAAACGAAGAAUUCAAUGUUGACGGUCAGAGAUGUGAAAAUAUAAUCACAUGUCCAAUGAGACCAAUCACUUCCGGAGCAGAAUAUUGUCCAUAUGAUUAUAUUAAAAUAUAUGAUGGUAAAAAUGCUUCAAGUCCAGAGAUUGGAACAUUUUGUGGUAUGGGAAAAUUCCCACAUUCAAUUGUUGGUACUAGUGAAGAUUUAUUUGUAGAGUUUGUUACGUCUCCAGCAGGGCCACUUUUAAAUACGGGAUUUCAUUUCAAUGUUGGUAAUAUGCCCGGGCAUAUGCAGACUGCUGGCAAAAAAAAUGGUUCUUGUGAUUGGAUACUAUCAAGUGAACAUUUAAGUAGAGAUCAUCAUACUGAAGGAAUAUUUAUGUCAAUUGCUCACUGGUAUCCUCCACAUACUUCUUGUACAUAUCAUUUACUUGGACUACCAAAUCAAGUAGUUCGAGUUUAUUUUCCUAGCUUUAGAGUUAAUAGCAUCGAAAGUCCUGUAACAAGCGAUUGGAAUGGAGACUGUGGUGAAAGUCUGACGCUUUAUGAUGCCGCAGAACCAGAUGAUACAAAAAUAAUAAAAACCUUUUGUGACACGUUUUCCAAGCCAGCUGAAAAACACGAUUUUAUUUCAACGGGAAAUUCUAUGUUCAUUCGAUUCGAAAGCAAAACUGGUAGCUAUUCAGGAUCGUCGUUGUAUUAUUGGGCUCAUUAUGACUUUUUUAACAACACAAAAUUUGGUACUGCCGUACCCGACACAGCUUGUGAUGAAGAAUUCGUUAGCUGGAAACCUUCAUCUGGGUAUUUUAGAUCACCCGUGAAUACACUAGUGUAUAAACGUCAAGGAACGGCUACGAAUCCUGAUGCUAAAUCUCAACCAAUAAUUUGCCAUUAUAAGUUUAUAACAGAUGUACGGUUAUUCGCACGGAUUGUCCUAAGAAUCGAAUCAAUCAAAUUCAAGGACCAUAAUUAUAGAACACCUAUUGAAAAGGAUAAUAACUGCUGGUACAGUGAACGCGAUAAAUUACUAAUAUGGGAACCGGAAGAGACAGACGAAGGCUUUGGUCUAAACCGAACAAUUAUCAAUCAAUCGAACGCAAACAAAAAUAAUGGUCUGUGUUUAUUCAGCAACGUAAAUAAAACCGAAACAACGCCGUCCAACCCGUACACCAAUGAAAUAAAAUUCGUUUCGUCGGGGAGUUCUUUGAAUGUUGAGUUGAAUUUAAAUCCACUGCAUGCGGCUCUGAGUUAUUUCAAGUACGAUUCGCCAUUGUUCGAAGCCAAAUACGAAUUCGUGCAUGGUCCUCUGUGCGGACCCUCCAUUAUCAAUCCGAUUGACGAGGGAGAGCUUAUAUUCCCGCGAUUAGAUGCCAUGGGAUUUGUAGAGCCCCCAAAGACUCUUGAAUGUAUUUGGGAGAUACGUGUUCACGAGGAUAGAGAUUUAUGGCUACAUUUCAAUCAAGUAAACUUCGUGUCGGACAACUGCAAUCAAGGGCGGCUGGAGGUGUACUUGCCGUCCAGGUCGUUGGACUAUCCGUUCAUGUCGGCGUGUGGGCACAACGCGACUGCGCUCAAGGACCUGCCGCUUCUGACGUCCAACGACGUGGAAGAGCCGGCCGCCACGUUUGCGUCAACCGGCGAAGACGCGUCGCAGCGUCGCGUGCCGCAGCAGCACCGACGGCAGCGGCGACGCCGGCGGCGGUACGUUCACGUGCGAUUCGUGGGCAACGAGUACCCGCACAAAGCGCAGUUCAAGAUCGCGUGGUCCGAGCUGAACCACUUGCCGCGCAACUCGGACGGCACGCUGCGCUCAGCCAAACGGACGGCCGACGAGUGCGUAUUUCCAUGCCCCGGCGACGGCAGCAAGUGCCUGCCUGCCCAGCUGGUAUGCAACGGCGUGGUCGACUGUCCCGGUUCCCGGUUGAAUGACGAGUCGCCGGUCACAUGCGAACGUUGGGACGCCGAGUCCGCCACGUCUUCCGCUGCCGGCGCCGGCAGCGAUCACACGCCGUCGGCCGUUGCGCUGUUCGCAGCAGUCACUGCGGCCAUCGCCAUCUUCGGGGUCGCGCUUUUCACGGCCAAUGCGUACUGCCGUCGCCGGCGGUCCGCGUCCAUUCGUCGAACGACGAUGAUCACGAUAGCCGGUAACAGAUCAUCCGACCGCAUUUAUUCCACGGACUAUUAGAAACGAUGAUUCGCCUAAUCCCAUAUGUAGGAUAUAAUUGUUUGCCGCAGAUUGACAUCGAAUGAUGAUAAACUGUUAAUACACACAUCGACACACCGAACGCAUUGAGAAAAAAAUUACACUCAGCACUCAAUAAUAAUAGCUUAAUAAACUAUGGAUAACACUACAGAAUAUUAAUUUAGUGUUUACGUUAUUCGAGUAUAUAAUAGAAUAAAAUAACAAUAUUAAUGUAAUACGCUCAUUUAAUUAUUUCAAUAUCUACAUGAGUAUAAUAUGCACAUGAUCAUAUUUAUAAAUUGUUUUUUUUUUUUUUU